AUGAAGAACGCUUCCCACAACUCCAGGCGCAAGUCGCGCAAGGCUCACUUCGAUGCCCCCUCCAGCGUUCGUCGUGUCAUCAUGAGCGCUCCCCUCAGCAAGGAGCUCCGUGAGAAGCACAACGUCCGCUCCAUCCCCAUCAGGAAGGACGACGAGGUCACCAUUGUCCGUGGUUCGUUCAAGGGUCGCGAGGGCAAGGUCACCUCCGUGUACCGCCUCAAGUACGUGAUCCACGUCGACCGCGUCACCCGUGACAAGGCCACCGGCCAGAGCGUCCCCGUCGGCAUCCACCCCAGCAGCGUCGUCAUCACCAAGCUCAAGAUCGACAAGGACCGUGAGGCCAUCCUUGAGAACAUCAAGCGCGGUCGGGAGACGCGCACCAAGGACGAGUAA